AUGGCGAAAGACAAGAAGAAGAGCAAGGAAGUGAUAAAGAAUCCGAAGGGCACGCGAGAUUGGUCUGGUGAGGAUAUCGACUUGCUCAAAGCAAUCAGGAGACAAAUCGAGAAAGUAUUCGAGCACUAUCGCGGCCUAGAACUUGACACUCCAGUCUUUGAGCUGCAAGAAGUUCUGAAAGGAAAAUAUGGGGAAGAUUCGAAAUUGAUUUACGACCUGCAGGACCAAGGCGGCGAGCUCCUGUCCCUCCGCUACGAUAUGACAGUCCCUUUUGCCAGAUGGUUGGCAAUGAACCCAGAUAUUGAGACUUGGAGGAGAUAUGCAAUAGGCAAAGUCUACAGGAGAGACCAGCCUGCCAUCUCCAAAGGGCGCAUGCGUGAGUUCUGGCAAUGUGACAUCGAUUUUGCCGGCGAGAGUGCCCCGAUGUUCAACGACAGCGAAAUGAUUUCGAUCAUUGUCAACGUCUUCGAGACCCUGGAGUGGAGUGGAAGGUAUACGAUCAAGAUCAACGACCGAAGGAUAUUGGACGGGCUGUUCGAAGUUUGCGGCGUUCCAGGAGAAAAGAUCCGGACGAUAUCCAGCGCAGUCGACAAACUGGAUAAGCUGCCUUGGGCUGAAGUGAAGAAGGAGAUGGUUGAGCAAAAGGGACUUGAAGAAUCAGUCGCAGACAAGAUACAGACAUACGUCACGAGGAAAGGAGGCAAAGAGCUACUGGAAGAGUUACAGAAAGACGAGGCUCUUAUGAGCAAUCCGAAGGCGAAAAAGGGCGUUGAAGAGAUGGAGCUGUUGAUGCGUUACCUCCGGAGGUGGAAGGCUCUUGACAAAAUCUCUUUCGAUCUCUCUCUGGCGCGUGGUCUUGACUACUACACGGGCAUCAUCUAUGAAGUUGUCACUGAGGGCUCUGCCCCUGCGCGAACACCAGCUCCGGCGACCGACUCCGCGCCUCCCAUGGCACCUGUUGCGACAAAUGGCGCCCCCAACGGUAUUCCCAAGAGAGAAAGGAAACAAAUCUCUGAAGACGAAGAUAGAUCUGAAGACCCCUCUGUAGGUGUGGGAUCCGUGGCUGCGGGUGGUCGCUACGAUCAUCUUGUCGAACGCUUCCGACCCGACGCCAACAUUCCCUGUGUUGGUGUGAGUUUCGGUAUUGAUCGAAUAAUUGCUAUUACCAAAGCCAGGAUUGCAAAGGGCGAAAAGUUCAGCUACGUCAAACACAAUAGGACCGAUGCGUAUGUAAUGGCAUUUGGCGGGUCUGGCUUUGGCGGAAUGUUUGAGGAACGGAUCGACGUCCUCGUUGCACUGAGGGAUGCCGGCAUAAGAGCGGAGACUUUCUGGAAACAAAAGGCGAAGCUGCAAAAGCAAUUCAAAGAAGCAGACCGUGCUGGGGCGCCAAUUGCCGUCAUCCUCGGGGAGGAUGAGCAGGCAAGAGGGGAGGUGAAGGUUAAGCAGAUGGGUCUGCCGGAAGGCGACCCUGAAAAGGAGGGCGUGCUUGUCAAGGUAGAGGAUCUUGUUGCCAAGGUACGAGGGGUGCUGGCGAAGAUAGACGAAUAA